AUUUUUUGUUUCAGCAGACGAUGUUAAGAGUAAAGGAUCCUAAGAAGUCACUGGACUUUUAUACAAGAGUUCUUGGAAUGACACUGCUUCAAAAAUUUGACUUUCCUACUAUGAAGUUCUCGCUCUAUUUCCUGGCGUAUGAAGAUAAAAAUGAUAUCCCAAAAGAUAAAACUGAGAGAACAGCUUGGACCUUCUCUAGAAAAGCUACACUUGAACUGACACACAACUGGGGCACUGAAAAUGAUCAAAACCAGUCUUACCACAAUGGCAAUUCAGAUCCCCGAGGAUUUGGACACAUUGGUAUUGCUGUCCCUGAUGUCAAUAAAGCCUGUAAGAGGUUUGAAGAACUAGGAGUGAAAUUUGUGAAGAAACCAGAUGAUGGUAAAAUGAAAGGACUUGCAUUUGUUCAAGAUCCUGAUGGCUACUGGAUUGAAAUUUUAAAUCCCAACCACAUGGUGACUCUCACUUAGUUCUAAUGAGAUGCACACUUUCAGUCCCCUGGAGAAAAUCUGCAACAGUGUUUGUGAAAUUCUCACUUAAUGGAAAGGAAACAGUUGUUUUCACAGUCUCCUCUAAAACUAUCCCCUGGGACCUCGCUGUACUUGAAUUCCUUUUUUCUUGUCCUGUGAUGCCACUACAAUUUGUUUCCAAUUAGGAAUACUCAACCAUUUUGUGGAAGAGUGCUUACACAGAUUCUCCUCUUGAACAUUGAUUAUGUUAAUAUUUCACUAAACACUAUCAAAAGAUA